AUGGGUCGCAACUCUAUAUCGGCGGCCGAGUCCGCAGCCGACGAUGCCACGGCGCCGGCUUUCCACUCGAUCCGCGACCGUUUCGCCUUCAAGCGCAACAGCUCCAACGCCGCAUUCUCGCGCUCGUCCAAGGCGGCCCAGUCGUCGCACAAGGCAUCUCGAUCUCACCACCACCACCACCACCACCACAAGAGGAAGCUCUCCUGGUCUCCUUUCAGAGGGAAAUCGUGGUUUUACUUGUGGAACUUGAAGGAAGAUUCUUCAGCAUUAAUGCUAUAUUCUGUGAUGAAGAACUUAAAAGAUCUUGGUUAUAUGCUGAAGAUUUAUAUCCUGGGAGAUGGCAGAGCACGCUCCAUCUGGCAUGAAAUUGGAGGGCAAGUCUCAAUUUUAGGCCCCGAGAGAUAUGGCUACAUUGAUUGGUCCAUAUUUGAAGGUGUUAUCGUAGACUCUCUUGAAGCUAAGGAUGCCAUUGCCAGCCUUAUGCAGGAGCCCUUCAGCUCUGUGCCUCUGAUAUGGAUUGUUCAGGACUAUACCCUUGCCAAUCGCCUACAACUAUAUGAGAAUAAGGGCUGGGACCGGCUCAUUUCCAAUUGGAAAAAUGCCUUUAGUCGGGCUAAUGCCGUGGUGUUUCCAGAAUAUUCUUUCCCGAUUUUAUACAGCACAUUUGACACUGGAAACUUUCAUGUUAUUCCUGGAUCACCAGUAGAUUUUUGGGCUGCUGAAAGCUUUAGUAAGACCCAUUCGAAGUCUGAGUUGAGGAAAAAAAAUGGUUUCAAUGAUGAUGAUUUUCUGGUAGUGAUUCUUGGGAGUUCAUUUUUCUUCUACGAGCUAGAUUGGGAUUAUGCUGUAGCAAUGCAUGCUCUUGAUCUUUUGCUCCAGAAGUAUGUUGGACGAAAUGAUGUACCAUUCACUUCAAAGUUUAUUUUUCUUUGUGGAAAUUCCAGCACAGACUACGGUGAAGCUUUACAGGAUGUUGCAGCCCGUCUGAGACUAAAUCAAGGAUCAUUGAAGCAUUAUGGCCUCGAUCGUGGUGUGAAUGGUAUAAUAAUGAUGGCUGACAUUAUUCUUUAUGCCCCUUCCCAAGACGUGCAGGGAUUUCCUACCUUGUUGGCAAGAGCCAUGGCAUUUGGAAUCCCCGUAGUUGUUCCUGAUGAUCCUAUCAUACAAAAAUAUGUUGUUGAUGGAGUUGAUGGGGUAAUUUUACCCAAAAAUAAUCCUGAAGCUUUGCUAAAUGCUUUCUCACGUCUGAUAUCCGAGGGAAAUUUAUCUAGAUUCGCAAAUUCUGUUGGAUCCUCUGGAAGGCUGCGUGCAAAGAACAUGUUUGCAAACGAAUGCAUCAUUGCUUAUGCAAAUCUACUUGAAUACGUCAUUGAUUUCCCAUCAGAUGUUCUGCUACCAAGUCGUGCUUCUCAGCUGAACAAUAGUGUAUGGGAAUGGAGUUCCUUCACGAGGGAACUUGAUAGAAUAUCUGGUAGCUACCAAAAUAAUUACCUUGAUGAUUCUUUUGGGAUGAAUUCAAGUAUUGUUUAUGACCUUGAGGAAGACAUGGAAAAUUACGUUAUACUGAAAAAUGUAACUCAGGGGCAAUCUGAAAAUCGGGAAGAGGAUAACCCAACAAUGUUGGACUGGGAUAUCUUGACCGAAAUAGAAAGCUCUGAGGAAGUUGAGAGACUAGAAAGAGAGGAGAUUGAGGAAAGAAUGGAGAAAGACGUUGGUGAAUGGGAUGAGAUUUACCGUAAUGCACGAAAAUCAGAAAAACUAAGGUUUGAAUCUAACGAGAGAGACGAAGGUGAGCUAGAAAGAACUGGCCAGCCAGUGUGCAUUUAUGAGAUUUACAGUGGUGCAGGGGGUUGGCCAUUUCUGCACCACGGUUCACUAUACCGUGGAUUAAGUCUUUUUACUAGAUCCCGAAGAUUGAGUUCAGAUGAUGUCGAUGCAGUUAGUCGGCUUCCCAUCUUGAACGAUACAUAUUACCGUGACAUCCUCUGUGAGAUUGGAGGAAUGUUUUCAAUUGCUAAUGGAAUUGAUGACAUUCACAAGCGGCCCUGGAUAGGUUUUCAAUCAUGGCGUGCUGCUGGAAGGAAGGUUUCAUUAUCCAAAAAAGCAGAAGAGGUUCUAGAGAAAACAAUACAAGAAAACACCAAAGGAGAUGUGAUAUAUUUCUGGGCAUGCCUUGACACGGAUGGGGGCAUUAUCGGAAAUAAUGAUCAACUUACCUUUUGGUCCACCUGUGACAUUAUGAAUGCUGGAAGGUGCCGAACAUCAUUUGAAGAUGCUUUCCGGAGAAUGUAUGGGUUACCAUCGACUGUAGAAGCUCUUCCUCCCAUGCCUGAAGGUGGUGGCCACUGGUCGGCACUGCACAGCUGGGUGAUGCCAACCCCAUCCUUUCUUGAGUUCAUAAUGUUUGCCAGGAUGUUUGUAGAUUCUAUUCACAGUCUACAUGUCAACUCAGUUGAGCUGCCUGAUUGUUUGCUAGGCUUUUCAGCACCAGAGAAGAAAAGCUGCUAUUGCCGGCUUUCUGAAGUGUUGGUGAAUGUAUGGGCAUAUCAUAGUGCACGGAAGAUGGUUUACAUUGAUCCUCAUUCAGGUGUUUUGAAAGAACAACACCCAAUUGAACAGCGUAAAGGUUUUAUGUGGGUGAAAUAUUUCAACAUAACAUUACUGAAAAGUAUGGACGAAGACCUUGCAGAGGCUGCAGACGACAGUGACUAUCCGUACAGUACAUGGUUGUGGCCAUCAACAGGGGAAGUUUACUGGCAAGGUGUGUAUGAGAGGGAAAGGGAAGAAAGGUAUAGGCUGAAAAUGGACAAGAAGAGAAAAACCAAGGAAAAAUUACUUGACCGGCUAAAGCAUGGAUACCGGCAAAAAUCUCUGGCGGGAUAG